CAAGAGAACCUGAUGGAUGCAGAGGAGCGCCUGACACAGAUGAUGAAGACCAAGAUGGAUCUGGAGAGCCAGAUCUCAGACAUGCAGGAGCGGCUGGAGGAGGAAGAGGGCACAGCGGCCUCGCUGAGUGCUGCCAAGCGCAAGCUGGAGGGGGAGCUGAGUGACCUGAAGCGGGACCUGGAGGGCCUGGAAACCACACUGGCCAAGACAGAGAAGGAGAAGCAGGCCCUGGAUCACAAGGUCCGUACCCUGACCGGGGACCUCUCACUCCGUGAAGACUCCAUCGCCAAACUCCAGAAGGAGAAGAGGGCCCUGGAGGAGCUGUACCAGAAAACCCUGGAUGACCUACAGGCUGAGGAGGACAAGGUGAACCACCUGACCAAGAAUAACAGCAAGCUGAGCACACAGAUCCACGAGCUGGAGGAUAACUGGGAGCAGGAAAAGAAAAUCCGGGCGGAGGUGGAAAAGGCUCGUCGCAAAGCUGAGAGUGACCUGAAGAUGACCAUCGACAACCUCAAUGAGAUGGAGCGUUCCAAGCUGGAUCUCGAGGAGGUGGUGAAAAAGAGGGAUUUGGAAAUAAACUCUGUCAACUCGAAAUAUGAGGAUGAGCAGUCUCUGAAUUCCACGCUGCAAAGGAAACUGAAGGAGCACCAGGCCCGAAUUGAAGAGCUGGAGGAAGAAUUAGAAGCUGAGAGGGCCAUGAGAGCCAAGGUGGAGAAACAACGCAGUGACCUGUCCCGGGAUCUCGAAGACCUCAGUGACAGGCUGGAGGAAGCGGGUGGAGCCACAUCGGCUCAGAUCGAGCAGAACCGCAAGCGGGAGGCUGAGCUGCUGAAGCUGCGGCGGGAGCUGGAAGAGGCCGCCCUGCAGAGUGAGGCGACGGCCUCCACACUGCGCAAGAAGCACAUGGACUCCAUGGCCGAGCUGACAGAGCGUGUGGAGAGCCUGCAGAGGGUCAAGUCCAAGUUGGAGAAGGAUAAACAGGUCAUGAAGGCCGAGAUUGACGACCUCAGUGCCAGUGUGGAGACGAUACAGAAGUCCAAGAUGAAUGCCGAGGCCCACGUCAGAAAGCUGGAAGACAGCUUAUCAGAAGCCAAUGCGAAGGUGGCAGAGCUAGAGCGAAACCAGGCAGAAAUCAAUGCCAUCAGGACCCACCUCCAAGCUGAAAAUAGUGAACUGAGCAGGGAAUAUGAGGAGUCCCAGAGCCGGCUCAAUCAAAUUCUACGGAUAAAGACAUCUCUGACGUCACAAGUGGAUGAUUACAAGAGGCAGCUGGAUGAAGAGUCAAAGUCUCGCAGCACCGCCGUGGUGAGCCUGGCCAACACCAAACACGACCUGGACCUAGUAAAGGAGCAGCUGGAGGAGGAGCAGGGAGGCAAGUCGGAGCUGCAGCGCCUUGUAUCCAAACUCAACACCGAGGUCACCACCUGGAGGACCAAAUACGAGACCGAUGCCAUCCAGAGGACAGAGGAGCUGGAGGAGACCAAGAGGAAGCUGGCCGCCAGGCUUCAGGAGGCAGAAGAAGCAGCUGAAACCGCCCAGGCCCGGGCUGCCUCCCUCGAGAAAAAUAAACAGAGACUCCAGGCAGAAGUUGAGGACCUCACCAUCGACUUGGAGAAGGCCAAUGCGGCAGCCGCUGCCCUGGACAAGAAGCAGAGGCUCUUUGACAAGAUGCUGGCUGAGUGGCAGCAGAAGUGUGAGGAGCUGCAGGUGGAACUGGAUAACUCACAGAAGGAGUGCCGCAUGUACAUGACGGAGAGCUUCAAGAUCAAGACUGCCUACGAGGAGUCUCUGGAGCAUCUAGAGUCCGUGAAGAAGGAGAAUAAGACCCUGCAGGAGGAGAUAAAGGAUCUCAUUGAUCAGCUGGGUGAGGGAGGAAGGAGUGUGCAUGAGCUGCAGAAGUUGAAGAAAAAACUGGAGAUGGAAAAGGAAGAACUCCAGGUGGCCCUGGAAGAAGCUGAGUCUUCCCUGGAGGUUGAAGAGAGCAAAGUGAUUCGAAUUCAAUUGGAACUGGCUCAGGUUAAAGCUGACAUCGACCGGAGAAUCCAUGAGAAAGAAGAAGAAUUUGAGGCUACCAGGAAGAACCACCAGCGGGCAAUCGAGUCCUUGCAGGCCAGCCUGGAGGCAGAGGCCAAGGGCCGGGCAGAGGCACUUCGGCUCAAGAAGAAGAUGGAGACGGACCUCAAUGAGAUGGAAAUCCAGCUGGACCAUGCCAACAAGAACAACAGCGAACUUGUAAAGACACUGAAAAGGCUGCAACAGCAAAUCAAGGACUUGCAGGUCCAGAUGGACGAGGAUGCCAGGCAGCACGAGGAGCUGCGGGAGCAGUACAACCUGCAGGAGCGGCGCCUGAGCCUGCUGCAGACGGAGCUGGAGGAGGUGCGUUGUGCCCUGGAGGGCAGCGAGCGUUCACGAAAGCUGCUGGAGCAGGAAAUGGUGGAGAUCACCGAACGGCACAACGAGAUCAACAUCCAGAACCAGAGCCUCCUCGUGGUCAAACGCAAGCUGGAGUCAGAUGUCCAACGCAUCUCCAACGAGCACGAGGAGCUCAUCAGUGAGUUCCGCUCGGCCGACGAGAGGGCCAAGAAGGCCAUGACGGACGCCACCCGCAUGGCAGAAGAACUCCGGCAAGAGCAGGACCACUGCAUGCACCUGGAGAAGAUCAAGAAGAACUACGAGGUCACCAUCAAAGACCUGCAGGCCAAGAUGGAGGAGGCCGAGCAGCUGGCUCUGAAAGGCGGGAAGCGCACAAUCAUGAAGCUGGAGGCCAGGAUCAAGGAACUAGAGACAGAGCUGGACGGGGAACAGAAACAGCACGCGGAGACGGUCAAGACGCUGCGUAAGAACGAGCGUCGCCUCAAAGAGCUGAUCUUCCAGACAGAGGAGGACAACAAGACCAAUCAGCGCAUGCAGGAGCUGGUGGAGAAGCUACAGAACAAGCUGAAGAUCUACAAGAGGCAGAUUGAGGAGGCGGAGGACCAGGCCAACCAGACCCUGGCUCGAUACAGGAAGACAGUGCACGAGCUGGAUGACGCUGAGGAGCGAGCGGGCAUGGCAGAGACUGCCCUAAACAAGCUGCGCACCAGACACCGCGUGGCCGGCAAGGGCAUCACCUCUGUGGAGAUCAUCCAGGUGUCCAAGACAGGCACCUCGAAAACCCUUUCUGAGGAGUGAGGCCCUCCGUGUCCUAGGCCACAGCCGGGUAAUACAGAUCUCAACUGCGGUUCAUUGAGAGGGAAAAAAUACGAAAAUGGAAAACUGGAUCUAUCCUGAGAAUGUUUACUAUGCAAAAGAAAGUGCAAGCCAGGAAGAGACAGGUGGUGAAGAAUAAAGAGUGCUAUGGUGGAGAAUGAACUUGGGAACGUAAAUACCAGCCAUUAGAAAAAUGAAAAUGAGCAGGGCUUCUCUGGGACGGCAGUAAGCAUUUGGAUGACAGUAACGAUGGGUCUGUUUCAGUUGAGUUCCUACAUGUUCAUGUCAAGGACGGAAUAUGUAAUGUCUGUGACCCAGCUGUUCUCUACAAAGAAUUCCUCAUGUUGACAAUGUUAAUGUCCCAAUAUAGCUUAAAUAAAAUAAACAUUAAAAAAAAUAGA